UUCAUGACGUCACAGCUUUGGCUUAAAGCGAAAAGGCUGCUUAACUUUCUUGUUUUGGAGCACAGGAUUACUUCGUUACCACAGCUCAGAAAGUCGUCCCAGCUGUCAGGUGGGCGACUGGACUGAAAACCAAGACAACCUGAAGAGAGAGAGAGAACCAUGCUGCGCUGCAGGAGGUGUCGGAAAGGCAUCAUAGACUCCACUUGUUUAUCGAUGGUUGAGGCCACAGAUGAAAGCUCAGCUGCUGCUUGCAGUAUUUGGCACGUGGAUGUGGACACACUGCCGGAGUGGAUCCUCACCUCAGUUCACCAGGCCCAGUGGACUGCAGGAAAACUGAACUGCCAGAACUGCGGCGCUCGUUUGGGCGGCUUCAACUUUACUAACCGCGGCGAGUGCCCCUGCGGCCGAGACGCCACCGUCCACCUCAACAGAAGCCGCGUGGAUCGCGACCACAAACACUACUUCAUCGUCGUCCAGCCGAGGAGGACGAGGCCCGAGAACGAGCGGGCCGCUACGCUGACCGACGGCCCUCCGAGCGGCGAUCGGAGGCCGGAGUUUAACAGGACGGCGCUGGACGGCGUGCAGCUCAACUGUGCCGCUGUGAUGUCGCACGUCGGCCCCGUGGAGGCCUCCAACUCCCCGACUGACAGCGACACCCCCCAGUCGUUCUCUUUCAGUCCUCUGUACUGCAUCUCUCAUAGGAGACGCUGCAGUUUGGAAGACGAUUCCGCCGUCGGGGCGUGUUUUUGCCCCGUGAGCCCUGCAGUCACGUCUGCCGUCGAGAGCAUGAGGACGGGGACCCACGGGUCCACGCGGCCACCCGUCCCGCAUCUCGCAAGUCAGCGGCUUGACGCCGCCUCAGUCGACGCCGCCGCCGGCCGCCGGUUUGUUUCUGGAAGGACACGGCGGUCACGUCUGGGCGGGCGGCCGCUGCGGACGGCCGAGGAGGAGGAGUCCUCUCCAGAGACCACGGCCGUCCACCAGGGAGUGUCUGCUUCAGCCCGGCUGUCCCGCAGAGGGAGGUCCUUCUCGGACAGCGCAGCCGAGCAGGACCAGGAGGUGUCGCCUGAAGCCCUCGCGGCCUCCCCAGCCUCAAACAGACUGAGCAAGAGAGAGAAGAACCGGCUGAAGAGUCUCCGGAGGAAACAGAGGAGGAGAGAGCGAUGGCUGCUCAGCCAGCUGGAGCAGGCUGAGGGUGUGAGCGGUUCACAGAUGGACAGGGAGGAGGAGGAGGAGGACAGAGAGGGCCUUACCUGUGCCGUGUGUCUGGAGCUUUACUUCAGCCCGUACAGCUGUCAGCCCUGCGGUCACGUCUUCUGCGAGCCGUGUCUCCGCACAAUCGCCAAGAACCGGCCGACAAACACACCCUGCCCUCUCUGCCGCGCCCUCAUCUCACACAGCAACCCGCACCACGAGCUCAACGAAACCGCGAAGACCUUCUUCCCGAAGGUGUACAACGCCCGCAAGCAGAACUUCCAGAGUGCUUUGUGUGCAAAAUGGCCUCUGCCCAGCUGUCGCAAGCGCUUCCGUACCUUCUGGGGAGAGCCGAGGCAGGCAGCGGCGGCGAGGAGACGCUGGCACUUUGUCCACGGAGGUUUCACGCUGAAUGCUUUGGACUUCACCGACGUGCGCGGCUGGCUCUUUGACAUCGGCCUGGUCAUCGUCUACAUCCACUCAGUCAACUGGAUCCUGGCUUUCCUGUUCCUCUGCUUCCUUAUGUACUACUUCUUCUUUUGAGGGAAAUGAGGAGCGCUUAAGAGUUUGCAGUCCAGGUGUCUAAACUCGUGCUGGAGGUGUUGAGCUCAGCUGAACUUUCAGUGUGAACAAAGAUAUCGCGGGCGCCGUAAACUCAGAUGCUUACCUAAAUCAUGAGCCCAAAAACCUCAGAAAAUACUGAAACAAUGUCAGCCUGACAACCAUACUGCAGUAGAGCCUCUCCUCAGGAGUGUUCCUAUGAUAGGAGGAUGUGUUAUGUCUUAACUUCCCCCCCCCUGCCAAUGGCGGAGCAGAAGUUCUAUUACUGGGGAAGUGAUACAAAGCCACUCUUUCUAUGAACUCUACUUAAAAAAAAGAAAAGAAAAACUGUUUCAAGAAAGCUGUGUACGCCAAUGUCCUAACCUACCUAUGUAACGUAAAAGUAGAAAUGUUAGGUGGCAGAAGUGAAAAUAAGUCAUCCUUAACAUUUGUUUUGUUCUGGCUUUAGAAUGAUGAAGACAGUAGAACAAUUAGAUAUGAAAAAAAGGAUGUCUGCUUUACACCGAUUCUUUUUUUCCUUAGCAGCUAUCAUGUUUUUCCCUAAAAUUCUACAAAUGUGUAGGCUUCCCCACAUCUGGACUGAGCCUUGAAUGUUUACGCCGUCUGGGAGCGCUUCAGAUUGAUAAGAUAAAAGAAGUGAGAUGCACUGCUGCGAAUGUUUUUUUUUUUUUUUUUUUUUCUUUUUUUUUGCUUCUACAUGUACAUGUUGUUUUAUUUACAAAGUAGAGGCAUGCUCAGGAAUGAAAUAUCUAACCAGUAAAGACAGCACAGUUAUUAAUGGAUGUGAUUGAUUUGAUUAAUUUGACUGAUUGAGGGGCUGAACAAGAACAAAUCAAAAAUCGGA